AAACAACACAAACUAUUUUUAAAAGUGUUUAUAUUUAUAAUUGGCUCUUCCUUUUCGUCGACACCCACACUCCUCAGUCGCAACAACUACGGUAGCCACCAUCUUAGCGUCACACAGCAUUGCGAAGUAGUGUAGCUGCGGAGGAGAACGCUCUUGAGAAUGGCGGAUAGGCCGAGUAGUCUUGGUCCAGUUGAUCGAGAGUGCUCUCUCUGAACUAGGGUUUCCCUCCAAUGUUUCUUCUCUCUCAUCUCUGCAAUAGUCGAACCCCAAGGUUGAAGUUUUUGGUUCUAAAGAUGGAAACAGGAAGGCAGGUUUUUUCUGUGGAUCUUCUGGAGAGAUAUGCAGCGAAGGGGCAUGGAGUUAUCACAUGCAUGGCUGCUGGCAAUGAUGUUAUUGUAUUAGGAACUAGUAAAGGGUGGAUCAUUAGACAUGAUUUCGGAGUUGGAGAUUCUUAUGAUAUUGAUCUCUCUACGGGUCGAGCUGGGGAGCAAUCUAUCCAUAGAGUUUUUGUUGAUCCUGGGGGGUGCCACUGUAUUGCUACCAUUGUUGGCGGUGGAGGUGCAGAUACAUUUUAUACACAUGCUAAGUGGACUAGGCCACGUGUUUUAAGCAAACUGAACGGUCUUGUCGUGAAUGCUGUUGCUUGGAAUAGGCAACAGAUAACAGAAGCUUCUACAAGAGAAGUCAUUCUUGGUACAGAUAAUGGACAACUCCAUGAAAUUGCUGUAGAUGAGAAGGAUAAGAAGGAGAAGCACGUAAAUUUUCUAUUUGAACUUAAAGAACUUCCAGAAGCAUUCAUGGGUUUGCAGAUGGAGACAGCUAGCACAAGCAAUGGAACUAAAUAUUACAUGAUGGCCGUUACUCCUACGCGGCUUUAUUCUUUCAGUGGCAUUGGGUCGCUGGAUACUGUUUUUGCUAGUUAUGUUGAUCGUCCAGUGCGUUUUAUGGAACUUCCUGGUGAAAUACCAAAUAGUGAACUGCAUUUCUUUAUCAAGCAAAGAAGAGCUGUACAUUUCACAUGGCUUUCUCGAACCGGUAUCCAUCAUGGUGGCCUAAAUUUUGGAGCACAGCAUAGUUCACCAGAAGGAAAUGACAAUUUUGUGGAGAACAAGGGUCUUUUGGACUAUUCAAAAUUAGUUGAUGUUGCUGAAGCUAUUAAACCCAAUUCUCUGGCAGUGUCUGAAUUUCAUUUUCUGCUUCUCCUAGGAAACAAGGUUAAGGUUGUAAAUAGAAUCAGUGAACAGAUCAUAGAGGAACUUCAGUUUGAUGAAACACCAGAAUCAAUGUCAAGGGGUAUUAUUGGAUUAUGCAGUGAUGCCUCUGCUGGAUUGUUCUAUGCAUAUGACCAGAACUCCAUUUUUCAGGUGUCUGUAAAUGAUGAAGGCCGAGAUAUGUGGAAGGUGUACCUGGACUUGAAGGAGUAUGCGGCAGCUUUGGCAAAUUGUCGGGAUCCAUUCCAGAGAGAUCAAGUAUAUCUAGCACAGGCUGAAGCUGCAUUUUCUGCCAAGGAUUUCCUCAGGGCAGCAUCUUUCUAUGCAAAGAUUUAUUACAUAUUAUCAUUUGAAGAGAUCACUUUGAAGUUUAUUAGCGUAAAUGAACAGGAUGCUUUGAGAACUUUCUUAUUGCGGAAGCUUGAUAAUCUCUCAAAAGAUGAUAAAUGCCAAAUAACUAUGAUUUCUACAUGGGCAACUGAAUUAUACCUGGACAAGAUCAAUCGACUUCUCCUUGAAGAUGACACUGCUUUGGAGAAUCGUAGUUCAGAGUACCACUCAAUCAUUAAAGAGUUCAGAGCUUUUCUUAGUGACUGCAAGGAUGUAUUGGAUGAGGCGACUACAAUGAACCUCUUAGAAAGUUAUGGGAGAGUUGAUGAGUUGGUAUAUUUUGCGAGUCUCAAGGAGCAAUAUGAGAUUGUGGUUCAUCAUUAUAUCCAGCAAGGAGAAGCGAAGAAAGCAUUGGAAGUGCUUCAGAAACCUGCUGUGCCCAUAGAUCUUCAGUACAAGUUUGCUCCAGACCUCAUCAUGCUUGAUGCAUAUGAAACUGUGGAGUCAUGGAUGACAACAAAAAACCUGAACCCAAGGAAGUUAAUUCCUGCAAUGAUGCGUUAUUCAAGUGAACCUCAUGCAAAGAAUGAAACCCAUGAAGUAAUAAAAUAUCUGGAGUUUUGCGUUCACCGUUUGCAAAAUGAGGAUCCUGGAGUUCACAACUUGUUGCUCUCUCUGUAUGCGAAGCAGGAGGAUAACAGUGCCCUUCUUCCUUUCCUGCAAUGCAAGUUUGGCAAAGGACAGCUUAGCGGCCCUGAAUUCUUCUAUGAUCCCAAAUAUGCCCUGCGCCUUUGCCUUAAGGAAAAGCGGAUGAGGGCUUGUGUUCAUAUAUAUAGCAUGAUGUCCAUGCAUGAAGAAGCAGUUGCUCUUGCUCUACAGGUUGACCCAGAACUUGCUAAGGCUGAAGCUGACAAGGUUGAAGAUGAUGAAGACUUAAGGAAGAAGCUCUGGCUCAUGGUUGCCAAACAUGUUGUUGAACAAGAAAAGGGAACUAAAAGGGAAAACAUUCGAAAAGCAAUAGCAUUUCUCAAGGAAACUGACGGGCUGCUAAAAAUUGAGGAUAUUUUGCCCUUCUUUCCGGACUUUGCCUUGAUUGAUGACUUCAAGGUAACACUUUUUUACCUUUGUUUUUCACUUAUAACUAGGCUAACAUUUGUUUUCAUGGAAGGAAAUACUGAGUGCUAGAUUUUGUUCUUAUUU